AUGUGUCUCUUGCUUUAUGUUUUACAGAUGCCAAAAAGAAAGAGUCUUACUGGCCGAGACAAACAUAUGAAGGCCAAACUGAGAAAAAGGGAGGAGAGACAAAAGGCAUCCCAGUCUUUAUCUGAUGUGUCUUUAGAUAAGAACUCAGAUGCCACUCCCAGUCACUGUGUAGAAGAUGAGACAGCUUCACCCAAAACUCUUUUGGGGCAAGGUUUUAUAGGGUUACCUCCUCUUGAGGAAAAACCCUUGGCCAGGGUGCAGGCCUCACCUCGAGUGAAAAUGCACUCAAAUGCCCCGAGGUUGCCAUCUCCUCGGGGAAGUCGUCUGUUUGUCCGCAACAACAACAAGGACAAGGCACCGUCCCCUGACUCCCCACCGUGGGUUUGUACUCCACCGAGGGUACCUGGGCAUGAUGAUGGCUUUAAGCCUAGUCCAGCAGGUCAGGCGCAGCUGGAUACCUCCAGGGCGGAGGAGACCAGUAGGACACAAGAACAUAUAGAACAUGGAAAUCAAACUCGAGAAAAUUUGAAACAUGAAAACCAAAGAAAACAAAAUGAGAAUCAGUGUAUCAAAAAGAAGUAUUUAAAUUGUGAACAUAUGUUUGAGAGUCAUGUAAAUCAAAAAUGUCAGCAUAUUGACCAUGACAGAAAUGAUGAGGAAGAGGAAAAUAUCAGUUAUGAAAAUGAACAAAUUUCGAGCAGCUUUAGUGUAGUUCAAGGUUCAUUUCACCAGGGAGAAAUGAUUUUUGGUGAAAAUGCAGGAACACAGUGUGUUGCAAAUUGUUUAUCUGGUAUUGCAUAUCACAACAUUAAAAAUGCAAAGUACUGGCAAAGAGCAGACAUAAACAAAGUUUUAGCAACAGGAGAUGAGUUAUACACCUACUUGCAACGCAGUUCUACAAUCAAAAGCAGGUAUCUGUUAGUUAGUGAGCUGCCUCAGUAUUUUGAGUGUUUUGGUAGAAUGUUUGAAUUUGAAGCAAAUGAAUCAAUUGCAAGUGUAAUAAAUCUAUCAAAUGCAGAAGUAUGCUAUGAUGAUUUCUCUGCUUAUUCACUUAGAGAUGCAUUGCAGCUAUCACUUGGAGAUACCAAUGGGUGUAUUGUGUGUUUUGGUGGAAAUGCUUUUCUAGUUGGGAAAACUGACAAUGGAUUCUUCACAUUUGAUCCACACUCAAGAUCUUCACAAGGACUUUUGAGUGUAACUGGAAAAAGCACAAGGUUGCUUUAUCAGACAUUUCAAGAAAUUUAUGAACACAUUUGGUCAUUAGCAUUGUCAAUGGGUUACUCAGCUGUUGUUGAUUGUGAGAUUACCGGUGUGCAUUGUUCAUUAAAACAGAUUAUUGUUAACAAAUGUGAUUCUACAACAAAGGAAGCACUGUCGCCAAGUGAUAAAUGUGAAGUUGAUCUGCCUGUUCUGGAUGUAGAGAAGAAAUUGCCACAGUGUGGUGGGAAAGAUGGUAGCAAUGCAGAUGAGUUAUGUUACCUGUAUACUGAAAAUGAGAACAUAGGGAAUGAACUUCCUCCUCUUUCUGCAGCAGUUGAUAUGGAGAUUAAGAAGAAUAUUUGUCAUAAACUUGUUGUAUCACAGCAGGAGAAAACACCCUUUUCAGAUUCUCCUAGUUUAAGCAGCUUUUCAACUCCACUGUCAUAUGCUAAAAAAAGGGAAGUGAAGAAGAACAAAUACAGAGAAUAUCUUGAGAAAAAGAAGUGGAAAUACAAAAAAUGUUCUGAAGAAAGAAAGAAGGCUUUAGGAAGAAAUAGGAUGAGAUAUAAAGAUAACCCAAUCUUCAGGAAGACAGUUAUUCAUCACGCAAAGCAAAACUAUGAAAAAUAUAGAGACUCUCUGCAAUUUAAAGAAAACGUGAAAACGAGAAGUAAGAAAAUCAACAAAAAGAUGUAUUCUUACAAUCCAAAAUACCAGUUAAAGAAAAAGUUUGAAAGCAUUCAAAGAUAUAAAACUUGUGCAUCUCAUCAACAAAAGGUAAAAGAAGCAAGUAAACAGAAAUACAAAAUGAACCCUGGACAUAAAGAAACAGUGAAAAAAGCUAGUGUUCACAAGUACAAAACUAACCCUGAACAUAGAGAAACUGUAAAAGAGGCUAGCAUACACAAGUACAAAACAAACCCUGAACAUAGAGAAACUGUGAAAGAGGCUAGCAUACACAAGUACAAAACAAACCCUGAACAUAAGCAGCAUGUUAUGGAGAGAAGCACUGAGAAAUAUAAAAUAAAUGUGAUGCACAGAGAGAAUGUGAAAGCCACUAGUGCUAAACGAUACAAAAAUCUUCAGUUUAAGGGGGCUUUUCUGAAGAAUUGGAAAAUUUCUGCAGAAGCAGCUGUAAACAGAAUGAAGGUACCACCAGUACCCAUGGAACUCAAAACUUUAAAUAGUUUAGAAAAGCAAUUAAUCUCCAUACACAUACCAUUCAUGAAGGUCAUGAACUUACCUCAAGGAAGACAAAAGAAUGUGCAUGGUCCAGUUGUCUGUGUACCAUCAGAUUUAAACAAAGCAUCCAGCUUACCACGAACAGCAGAUGCUACCAUGCUUCUGAGAGUAAAAUUGAAAAGAAAGCUGUCAUUUAAAGGAUAUCAAGAAUAUCAGUUUGUGAAUCCACACCACGUGAUCAAAGCAUUGAACUUCCUAAUGGAGAACAACAUCUGGUACAAGGACAUACAAUUAAAUAUGAACUGGGAAGUGUCAGCAGAGGAUGACUGUUUGAUAGAAGCAGACAAAUCACAGCCAAUGUCUGAAACUGAAGAUACUGAUGAUCAGGAUCCACCUGCAGCUUCCAUUGCAUUAGACACCUGCUUACAACCUAUAGAUGUGGUUCAGGAAGUGUUAGAUCAUUAUUUUGAUGAUGUGUUCAAUCUAGCUCCAGGGGAAGGAAAAAAUCCAGUAAGAAUGUUACAGGAUGAAGGAAAUGAAGCUAAGACAUUUCCAUAUCUAUUUCCAACAGGAGAAAAUUCAUGGAAUGAGAAUAGGGAUAUUAAAAUCACUCUCAGUAGAUACUUCCACAAUAGGCUGAUGAAUGCCGACAACAGAUAUGCAAAGGAUUCAAAUUAUGUAUUUUUCUGCCAGUACAUGUCUGAACUCAAUCAAGUAAUAGAGAAAACUCAAAUAUCUGUCAGAAAAUCUUCAGCUAAAACUACAUCAGGACAAAAGAUAACCUCAGAAAUAUUACAAGAUGUUUAUAAAUUGGCAAAAUUGUUGAGAAAUGAUGAUGCAUUGCGAUUUAUGCAGCCUAUAAGGGGAACACCCUCAUACUGGCAAGCAGCACAAAAGGAUCUCUUUGCCAUGUUACGACAAAUAGGUAUUCCAACUUGGUUCUGUUCUUUUUCUGCUGCUGAGUUCAGAUGGAAUACAACAAUAGAUGCAAUUUUACGCCAACAGUGCGAUGACAGACAUGCAGAAGACCUAGACUGGACAGAGAAAAGUGAAGUUUUAAGAAGUAAUCCUGUGACAGUGGCACGUAUGUUUGAACAUAGAUUUCAUGUUUUUCUACAUGAUGUAAUUAUGUCACCAUCAGAACCCAUUGGAAAAGUGAUUGAUUAUUUCCAGAGAGUAGAGUUUCAGCAAAGAGGCUCACCCCACAUGCAUUGUUUGUUUUGGAUAGAGGGAGCACCUAAAUUGGACGAAGAUGGUGAAGAUGCUGUAUGUGAGUUCAUUGAUAGAUAUGUCACAUGUGAAAUACCCUCUGAGAGUGAAGAUGCAGAACUGCGUAAAAUUGUCCAAGAUGUGCAACAACACAGUAAAAAACAUUCACAAUCCUGCAGGAAGAAAGGUACUGAUUGUCGAUUUAAUUUCCCUAGGCCACCAUCCAAAAAAACUUUCUUAGCCAAGCCUAGAAAUUUUGAAGAGGACACAGAAAAUGAAAGCAAUGGAAACUUGGUAUUAAAAAGAAAUGAUGCAAAGGCAAUCUUGCAAAAAGUAUGGGAAAACAUUCAAGAUCCAACUCAAAACUUAUCUUCAACAGAGAUAUUUUACAAACUUGGAAUCUCUCAAGAAUUAUUUGAAGACGCAUACAGCAUUAUAACCUCAAAGCAGACCAUUGUUUUACAAAGAGAACCUUCUGAAGCAUGGACUAAUCAGUACAACCCUUGUCUCUUAAAAUCCUGGGAUGCUAAUCUAGACAUUCAGUAUGUGUUGGACCCAUUCAGUUGCAUUGUGUACAUUAUUUCAUACAUCUCAAAGUCAGAACGAGAAAUGGGCAUGCUAUUAAAGCAGACAAAGAAUGAAGCAGAGGAAGGAAAUCUUAGUGCACGACAAACAAUGAAAAAAAUUGGAUCUGCAUACUUGCAUCAUAGAGAAGUAAGCGCACAAGAGGCAGUCUAUCGAGUGUGUAAUCUCAAAAUGAAGGAAUGCUCUAGGAAGGUUACAUUUAUUCCUGUCGGAGAAAAUCCAACAAGACUUAGUAAACCCUUACAUCAAAUGAACAAAAGCAAAGAAAUGGCUGGCGAUGAUGAUGAUGAUGAAGAUGAUAUUUGGAUGACCAAUAUUGUAGAAAGAUAUGAAAACCGUCCUAAAUUGCAGGAAUUUGCUGAUAUGUGCCUUGCAACAAUCUGCGCUGAUUACAGAGUCCUAGCAAAAUCACAAGUUCCUUCGAACCUUCGAGAGGGAAUCUUUGAAUUGCAAAAUGGAAAAGGUUAUAUUCAAAAAAGAACAAGGACAAAGCCAGCUAUUAUUAGAUUUCCUAGAUUCAACAAAGAGAAAAUGCCUGAAAAAUUUUACCAAUCAAUACUUCAGCUUUUUCUUCCUUAUUGGAAAGAAGACCAACUUAAACCACCUAAGUAUGAAUUGUUUCAGACUUUUUAUGAAAGUGGAUGUGUACGUUUGAAAUCAGAUAAAAAAGUGAAAAUGGUGAGGGAAAUUGUUGAUAUGAACAAGCAGAUCUACUGCAAGAAUGAAGAUGUACUUGACCAAGCACAAGAAACUUAUGAGAUUAUAGGAGAACCUGAAGACGCCUGGGCUUUACUUUGUCCUCAGACUGAAGAGAGCAGAGAGAACUGCAUGAAAAGAAAGUCUCAGGAGCUGCAAAACCAAGGGGAAGCAGAAGAUAUUCCAGAUUUGCAAGAUAUUGAUCAUAAUGCAGAUCUUUUGUACCAGAUCCAGAAUGCAGCUCAUUCACGCCAAAAAAUGUUGCCAUUGCUCCGUAAUUUAAAUGCAACUCAGAGAGGUGCUGGAACAGGGAAAAGUCACUUGAUUAAUACUGUUCUGUAUGAAGCAAGCAGAUUAUUUUCAAGAACUUUAACCAACCCUGAAAGUAUCUCAGUUCUCUUAACUGCAUUGACUGGUACUGCGGCAUUUAAUAUAGGAGGAACCACACUGCAUCAUGCAUUUGCCCUCACAAAGUACUUGCCAAUUCCUUAUGAACCUCUACAAGAACAACGCCUUAGUUCCAUCAGAGUGAAGUUGGAAGAUUUGCAAAUAUUAAUCAUUGAUGAAAUAUCAAUGGUGUACAAACGUUUACUGUAUUAUGUUCAUGAACGUCUUGUACAAAUUAAAAAAUGCAAACUCCCAUUUGGAGGUGUGUCAGUUAUUGCUGUAGGAGAUUUCUAUCAGCUACCUCCUGUCAAACAGAAAAAAACUGAGCGACUGUACAAUGACUGUUCAACUUAUCCUGUAGAUUACUGGAAGGAGCUAUUCAAAGUUGUUGAAUUACAUGAAAUUAUGCGACAACGUGAAGAUGCCACUUUUGCAGAAGCUUUGAAUAGUUUAAGGGUGAGAACAAGCAAAGAGAAUUUAGAACCAAAUGUGGCAGAAAUGUUAUUAGAGAGUGUCAGUGAAGGGUCAGAAGAUGCACUUCAUGUGUAUGCAACCAAUGAAGAAGUAAACAAGUACAACCUUUCAAUGCUAACCACAAAAUGUCUGGAGCUUGUUGAAAUAAAUGCAAAGGAUUAUCAAAAAGAUCAAACUUCAGGAAAAUUAAACCUGCGAGAGAAUCCCAUUGCAAAGAAAAAAGCAGAAGGACUACCAAUGUCAAUAAUUUUAGCACAUAAUGCACGUGUUAUGCUGACUCGAAAUAUUGACGUAGAUGAUGGCCUUGUAAAUGGGGUAAUGGGAUUCAUAUCUGAGAUCCAAUAUGCAAACAGAGCACAGAAAGAAGUUAGCAGUAUUGGAGUUAUUUUUGAUAACAAAGAUGUUGGGAAAAAAAUUGGAAGGAAAAUUAACUCUGACAGUGUCAUGGUGCUUAUUGAAAGAGUAGAUGAAGAGAUAAAUGAAAAGCAUGUUAAAAGUGUUGUGAGACAUCAGUUUCCCUUGCAAUUAUCAUGGGCGUGCACAGCACACAAAGUGCAAGGUAUGACAACAAAUGAAAUUGUUGUGAAUCUAGACAAAGUAUUUUCACCAGGACAAGCAUAUGUAGCUCUUAGUCGGGUAACAUCAAAACAAGGAUUGCAUAUUGAAACAUCCCAAGGUGACAUACAAAAUUUACUUCGGAGAAAAAUAUAUGCAGACCCAGAUGUUAAAAAUGCAGUUUGUAAGAUGCAAAAACUUGAAAUUACCACAAACUUGGCUGAAUCUGACUGCAAGAGAAUUGUAUUGCACAAUAUUCAAGGCUUACCAGCAAAUUUCAAGGAGAUGAAAUCAGAUACACGAUUUCAAAAAGCAAAUGUUAUUUGUUUGACAGAGACCUGGUUGCAAGAACAGUCAUCAGUUCAGUUCUCACUGCAAGGCUUUAGAUUCAUGCACACAUUGAGGAAGAAUUCAUAUGACAAAUCUAAGGAGCUUUAUUCCAAGAUUCAAAACUCGAAUGGAGGGGGAGUUGGCACAUAUAUCCAUGAUGGUGAAGAAGCAAGACAAAUUGAUAUUUCUGUCCCAAAUAUUGAAGUUGUUGCUUUUGUUUUUCAAGAAAACAUCUCAGUUUUUACAGUAUAUAGACCCAGCUCUUUGAUAAAAGACUUCUUCAUAUCAUCACUUGAGCAGCUCACAAAUUUCAUCAAACGAGAAUGCGAAAAUUGUAUUAUACUGGGGGACUUUAAUGAAAAUGCUGUAGAUGACACUGGAACAAUUCAAAAAUUCUUGAAUGAUCAUGGAUUUAAACAACUUGUUACUUUCCCAACAACAGAGGGAAGGACAAUCAUUGAUCAUGUUUAUGUGUAUGGCCUUCAAGAGUAUCAUAUUGAUGUGUCACUACUUCCAACUUAUUACAGUUAUCAUGAGGCAAUUAUUGUAAAAUUAUUUAAGAAAUAA